AUGGCGCCGAUGUUGGCACCGCUGAAAUGCGGCUUUCACUUCCAAAGACGAAAGCUGGCGCUGCUCGUUCGCCAGACGAGCUCGCAUCACGUUUGGAGCCAGCGCGGCGCCGACGACGGGAGACAUUACAAGCGACAAAACUCAUAUGUGCUGAGCUCCCUUCCACACCUACGGACAGCGACAUGGAGCACAAACAGAAUGGAGAGCAGUCGGCGGAUUUUAGAGGGAGCCAAACAUUCGCAGGUCAUGGACAAGCGGACAUGUUGGCACGGCAACGCGGGCAGCGGUUUGAGUGCAGACCCCAAAAAUGUGCUGAAAGAAGUGAAUUCUGCCAAGAUUCUCUCUGCAAUGAUGACCUACGUGUGGCCAAAGGACCGGCCCGACCUGCGGGCGCGCGUCAUCAUUUCGCUUGGCCUUCUAGCGGGAGCUAAGCUCACCAAUGUGAUCGUGCCCUUCAUGUUUAAGUAUGCGGUGGACGAGCUUAACCAGAUGUCGGGACACAUGCUGAACCUGAGCGACGCGCCAAACACCGUGGCUACCAUGGCGACGGCCAUGCUGAUAGGCUAUGGUGUCUCUCGGGCUUGUGCGGCGUUCUUUAACGAGCUGAGGAACAUUGUGUUCGGCAAAGUGGCCCAAAGCUCCAUCCGCCGCAUCGCCAAGAACGUCUUUCUGCACCUGCACAACCUGGACCUGGGCUUCCACCUGAGCCGCCAGACGGGGGCGCUGUCCAAGGCAAUCGACCGCGGCACCAGGGGCAUCUCCUUUGUGCUCAGCGCGCUCGUCUUCAAUCUGGGACCCACCGUCUUCGAGAUGGCCCUCGUCAGCGGCAUUUUGUAUUACAAGUGCGGCGGACAGUUUGCAGCAGUGGCCUUGGGCUCCUUGUCAGCGUAUACUAUUUUCACAAUUCUUGUUACUCAGUGGAGGACUCGCUUCCGCAUUGAGAUGAACAAAGCAGACAACGCAGCAGGAAAUGCAGCUAUUGACUCACUGCUUAACUACGAGACUGUGAAGUACUUCAAUAACGAGAAGUACGAAGCUCAAAGGUACGACGAGUUCCUGAAGCUCUAUGAGUCAUCCUCUUUAAAAACCACAUCGACGCUCGCCAUGCUCAACUUUGGCCAGAGUGCGAUCUUCAGUGUUGGCCUCACUGCAAUCAUGUUGCUGGCAAGCAAAGGCAUUACAGCAGGUACCAUGACUGUGGGAGACUUGGUGAUGGUGAACGGCCUGCUCUUCCAGCUCUCCCUUCCCCUCAACUUCCUGGGCACAGUGUACCGAGAGACCAGGCAGGCUCUCAUAGACAUGAACACUCUGUUCACCCUGCUCAGCGUCGACACAAAGAUCAAGGAGAGGAAUCUCGCCCCGCCGUUAAUCGUCACACCACAGGACGCCACGAUCCGCUUUGAGGACAUCUAUUUUGAAUACCUAGAGGGCCAGAAAGUCUUAAAAGGGGUGUCCUUUGAAGUGCCCGCUGGGAAGAAGGUGGCUAUAGUUGGUGGCAGCGGCUCAGGGAAGAGCACCAUUGUGCGGCUGCUGUUCCGCUUCUAUGAGCCCCAGCAGGGUAACAUCUACAUCGCGGGGCAGAAUAUCCGAGAAGUCAGCCUGGACAGCUUGAGGAAGGCUUUGGGAGUCGUACCUCAGGAUGCCGUUCUCUUCCACAACACCAUCUUCUACAACCUGCAGUACGGCAACAUAAACGCUACAGCGGAGGAGGUGUACCAAGUGGCACGUUUAGCAGGCCUACAUGACGCUAUCCUCAGGAUGCCCCAUGGCUAUGACACCCAGGUUGGAGAGCGGGGCCUCAAGCUGUCAGGCGGGGAGAAGCAGCGCGUCGCCAUCGCCCGCGCCGUCCUCAAGAACCCGCCCAUCCUCCUGUACGACGAGGCGACAUCGUCCCUGGACUCCAUCACCGAAGAGAACAUCCUGAGUUCAAUGAAGGAGAUGGUGAAGGACCGGACGUCGCUGUUCAUCGCCCACCGGCUCUCCACCAUCGUAGAUGCAGAUGAGAUCUUGGUGCUGGAUCAGGGCAAAGUGGCAGAGCGAGGCAGCCACCACGCCCUCCUCGCCACCCCCGGCAGCUUAUACGCCGAUCUGUGGAACGCCCAGAACAGCAAAAUCCUGAGCGGCGGCAGGAGCUCGGCGGAGCCGGCGGCCGAGCGGCUUUCCCAGAAGGAGGAGGAGAGGAAGAAGCUGCAGGAGGAGAUCCUGAACAGCGUGAAGGGCUGCGGGAACUGCUCCUGCUGAGAGAGGCCUCCGCCGCCACGUUCCCUCAUUCCUCACCGACGGCCCCGAGCCGGAGUCCACGGUCCGCCCGGAGAGGAGCCGGGUCGGUUCCCUUCUCCGUCUAAACCCCCCAGUCAGCGCGACCGUCUUCUCCUCCUCUCUCAAAUAAAGGCCGCCGCACGGCAAAAUGGAGGUGGAGCACAACGGGGAGUGUGUUUGGCUCUGGCUGCUGGCCAGGCUUAGAGCUUUCAUGCCAGUCGUCUGAGCCGAAGCAAAGCGUCAGAGACUCCGUGUAUGAAAUACGUGUUGUUGGAGACAUCUGUUCUCCAACAUGUCUGGCUCCUUCUCCUCAUUUUGGACAUCUGGUUUAGUGACAUCUUUCGUUGCACUGGAAACAUGUAAUCAGCCUCAUAUGCCUUGACGUGGACAGAUUUUGGAUGGAUUUAAUUUUUUAUUAUUAUUCCUAUAAAUAAACUGACCUUAGAGUUUGCAUCUCUUAUCAAAGGUGUAUACAUAUCCCAGUUCAUUCUGCAGUUGAACCCCAGACAAAGAGACGACUUGAACACUAUCGCAUAAAGGAGACGCCCCUCAGAGAGUUAUGUGCAAUCUCCACUCAAAUUAUUAAUAUAAAAGAUGGUAAUUUAACUUUUUAAGUUACUAAACCUUACAGUCAUAAGAAGAGGCAGGAGGUCUGCAUGUUUCUCACUACAUAACCUGGUUUUAUAUCUAAAAGUCUAGCAGUAAAAGGCUUUCAAAGGAGGUUUUUAACAGUGCAAAGACAGCGUUUUAGAUGUGUCCAAAGAGCGAUUCUUCCUCUGCAAGGUGCUGCGUAAGGACAGAACAUCCAUGAUCCUCCUCUGUCUGGGAGAUGUUUUGGUUGCGGGAUGCACAUUUUCCUUCAGAUCGAACCGUUUCCUUGUAUCUAUAAAUGAAGAAAUAAUAUUUGGACGUCUUGUACGACACUAUUUUCUAUUGUAAUCUGCGCCACGUUGAUGUAAAUUACCUGCAGGAGUAAUAAAUGUUUUUGUUUUUUUUCCAGCA